CAUUCCUAAACAAAUCCUCGAAAUGCUAAAUUUCAUAUUUUAAAACAGAAAUAACUACAAGUCAAGAUGAAUUUGAAACAUUUGAAGACACUGCUGCCACCCCAGGAGGGGGCAGCUAAGAUUAUGGCAGCAGUAUUCUCACCAAAUAACCAGAAACUGGCAAUAUGUACAUCAGACAGAGUUAUUGUUUUAUUUGAUGAAAAUGGUGAGAAGAGAGACAAGUUUUCAACCAAGCCAGCAGAUGCCAAGUAUGGAAAGAAGAGCUACAUGGUAAAGGGACUGGCAUUUUCUCCUGACUCAACUAAAAUUGCUAUUGGACAAACAGACAACAUCAUUUUUGUAUACAAGAUAGGUGAAGGGUGGGGAGAGAAGAAGAGUAUAUGUAACAAGUUUGUCCAGCAGAGUGCAGUGACAACUCUAAUUUGGCCACCUGAUAACCAGAUAGUAUUUGGCACAGCAGAUGGAAAGAUCCGAUUGGCCAAUGUGAAAUCCAACAAGUCAUCGACACUCUACAACACUGACAUCUAUGUUGUUUCUCUCACAAUGAAUCCCUCUGGCAAAGGUAUCCUAUCUGGCCAUGCUGACGGUGCAAUUGUGCGCUAUUUCUUUGAUGAUGAAGGAACUGGUGAUUCUGUGGGUAAACUUUGCACCCAUUCUUGUCCACCUUAUGCUUUGGCAUGGGCCAAUAAUUCUAUCGUAGCAGCAGGGUGUGAUAAACGUGUUGUGGCAUAUGGGAGAGAGGGUAGGGUGCUUCAACAGUUUGACUACAGCAGAGAGGAGGAUGAACAUGAGUUUACUACUGCUAUUAGUAGCCCCAGUGGGCAGGCUGUUGUUCUUGGCAGUUAUGAUAGGUUACGAAUGAUCACAUGGAGUCCCAGGAAAGGUAUGUGGGAAGAAGGCAAAUGCAAAGACAUUUCUAAUCUCUACACAAUCACUGCACUGGCAUGGAAGAAAGAAGGAUCAAAAAUUGUUGCUGGUACAUUAUGUGGAGGCUUGGAGCUGUUUGAUUGUGCCAGUAAGAAACAGAUCUACAAGAACAAGUAUGAGAUGACUCAUGUUGGACCAAGUCAGGUGAUAGUUCGUGAAAUGUCAUCAGGAAGUAAAAUCAAUCUGCGUUCGAAUUAUGGCUAUGAAAUAGAUGAAGUGAAGAUCAUGGGUAAAGAUCGCUACCUUGUGGCUCAUACAUCGGAUACGUUGUUGCUAGGAGACAUGCAAACAAGGGCAUUAAGUGAGGUUCCAUGGCAAGGUUCUGGUGGAAAUGAGAAGUACUAUUUUGACAAUGAGAAUGUUUGCAUGAUCUUCAAUGCAGGAGAGCUCUCAUUGGUUGAAUAUGGAAGCAAUGAGAUUCUUGGAUCAGUGAGGACAGAAUUCAUGAACCCACAUUUGAUUAGUGUUCGACUGAAUGAGAGAAAACAACGAGGUGUUGAUGAUAACAAAAAGAUGGCGUAUCUGAUUGAUUUAAAAACAAUCGCAAUCAUGGAAAUGACAAUGGGCCUUAAUCUUGGGCAAGUCUCUCACGACUCUAAACUAGACUGGCUAGAACUGAAUGAGACUGGACGAUACCUGUUGUUCCGUGACAAGCAACUUAAGCUCCAUCUAUAUGACAUUGAGUCCCAACACCGCACAACAAUUCUCAACUAUUGCUCGUAUGUGCAAUGGGUUCCUGGAAGUGAUGUGGUGGUUGCACAGAACAGAGGCAACCUGUGUAUUUGGUAUAACAUUGAUGCCCCUGAAAGAGUUACCAUGUUUCCAAUUAAGGGAGACAUAGUUGACCUUGAAAGAACAGAUAACAAGACAGAGGUUCUUGUGAAGGAGGGAGUAACCACCAUCUCUUACACACUUGAUGAGGGCCUCAUUGAAUUUGGAACAGCUAUAGAUGAUGGUGAUUUUGGAAGGGCAGUGACAUUCCUGGAGACACUAGAGAUGUCCUCUGAAACUGAAGCCAUGUGGAAAACACUGAGUAAACUCUCACUUGAGGCCAAACAGAUCCACAUAGCUGAGAGGUGUUAUGCUGCUUUGGGGGAUGUAUCUAAAGCUCGAUAUCUUAGAGAAACAAACAAAAUUGCUGCUGAUGCUGCAAAGAAUAUUGGAGGAGAUGGAAUGAAUCAUUACAAAGUCAGAGCAAGAAUGGCUAUCAUAGAAAAACAAUACAAAGAGGCUGAGAGUGUUUACUUGGAGCAGAAUAACAUUGAUGAGGCCAUGGAGAUGUACCAGGAACUACACAAGUGGGAUGAAGCUAUAGAAGUAGCAGAGGCAAAGGGUCACCCAGAACUUGAGAACCUGAAGAAGAACUAUUACCAGUGGCUAAUGGAGACAAACCAGGAGGAGGCUGCAGGGGAAAUGAAGGAGAAGGAGGGAGAUUACAUGGCAGCACUGGCCCUUUAUAUGAAAGCAGGGCUGCCUGCUAGGGCUGCAAGGCUGGCAACUAGUAGAGAUGAACUCAUAUCAAACAAAGACAUCGUCAGCAGGAUUGCCAAUGCUCUCAUCAAGGGAGAGUUCUUUGAAAGGGCUGGUGAUCUAUUUGAGAAGAUACGUGAUCACAAAUAUGCCCUGGAUUGCUACAGGAAGGGCCAGGCUUAUAGGAGGGCUGUGGAGCUGGCCAGGUAUGCCUUCCCUGAGGAUGUAGUGAAAUUAGAAGAGGAGUGGGGAGAUCAUCUUGUGGCACAGAAACAAUUGGAUGCAGCUAUUAACCAUUACAUUGAGGCAGGGGCUACCAUGAAAGCAGUGGAAGCAGCUAUCAACUCCAGACAAUGGCAUAAAGCUGUCCAGAUCCUAGAGGUGGUUGGUGAUGCCAGUAUUGCCUCACGUUACUACAUCAAGAUUGCUAAGCAUUAUGCCUCUAUUGGAGAAUAUGAGACUGCAGAGAGGUUCUUUGUGGAGGCUGACUACACUAAGGAGGCAAUAGAGAUGUACAAUGCUGCAGGCAAAUGGGAGGAUGCACACAGACUGGCUGCUACAUGUAUGAAACAGGAAGAUGUGGCUGCUCUAUAUAUCCAACAGGCACAGGAAUUAGAGACACAGGGACGAUACAAGGAGGCUGAGAGGUUGUAUGUGACAGUUGAAGAGCCUGACCUGGCUAUUACAAUGUACAAGAAGGUGCGCAUGUACAAUGACAUGGUGCGCCUUGUGAAAACAUACCACAAGGAACUCCUACAAGACACUCACAUGCAUCUUGCUGCGGAGCUUCAAAAUGAGAACAAUCUCCGGCAGGCUGAACAUCACUACAUUGAGGCCAAGAACUGGAAGGAAGCAGUUAAUAUGUACAGAAACAAUGACAGCUGGGAUGAGUCAUAUAGGGUGGCUAAGGCCCAUGGGGGACCCAAUGCUGCCAAGCAGGUGGCCUACCUUUGGGCAAAGAGUCUUGGAGGGGACUCAGCUGUGAAACUUCUCACAAAGUUUGGUCUUUUGGAGGCAGCUAUAGAUUAUGCAUCAGAGAACUGUGCAUUUGACUUUGCAUUUGAGCUGUCAAGGACUGCCAUGAAGAACAAGAUGCCAGACAUCCAUCUGAAGUAUGCCAUGUUUCUUGAGGAUGAUGGCAAAUUCCCUGAGGCUGAGCAACAGUUCAUCAAAGCAAAUAAACCCAAGGAGGCAGUUCUCAUGUAUGUCCAUAACCAAGACUGGGACUCUGCUGGGAGGGUGGCAGAGGAGCAUGAUCCUGACUCUAUUAAGGAUGUACUAGUAGGUCAGGCCAGAGUGGCAUUUGAGGCUAAGGAAUAUCAGAAGGCAGAGUCUUACCUACUAAGAGCUCAGAGACCUGAUGCUGCUGUAAAAUAUUAUAAGGAAGCAGACAUGUGGCAGGAUGCCCUUCGUGUUUGCAAGGAAUAUCUUCCCCACAAACUUCAGCAGCUGCAGGAUGACUAUGACAGAGAGAUGAUGGAUAAAACUACAAGAGGGGCUGACAGUUUGGUACAACAAGCCAGAGAGUGGGAGUCUUCUGGAGAGUAUGCCAGAGCAGUGGACUGUUAUGUAAAAGUUACACCUAAACACACAUCUGACAACAACCUACUGCAGAAAUGUUGGGUGAAGGCUGGUGAGCUAUCUCUCAAGUUCCUGACUCAUGACAAAGGAGAGGCUGUGGUACAGAUUGUGGGACCAAGACUUGUUGAGAUAGGAAAAUAUACAGCUGCAGCAGAGCUUUACCUCAGAGUUGACAUGAUAAAAGAAGCUAUUGAUGCCUUUAUUGAUGGGGAAGAAUGGAAUAAAGCAAAGAAAGUUGCCAAAGAAUUGGAACCAAGAUAUGAGGCAUAUGUUGAUGAAAAGCACACAAGGCAUCUGAAACAACAGGGAAAUGUAGAUGGGAUUAUUGCCAAGGAUGUUGUUGCUGGGCUUGAUAUCUAUGUGGAGAAGGGAGAAUGGGAGAAAUGUAUUGAAAUUGCUGAACAACAAAGCUCUAAAGUUCUCGACAAAUAUGUUGCCUUGUAUUCAACACAUCUCAUUAAAGAAAACAAGGUUAUUAAGGCGAUGGAUCUGUUUGUUAAACACGGGGCUCCUGCCCAUCCACAGAACUUCAACAUCUACAAGCGUAUAGUCCAUGACAUACUAAACAUGCGUAAUCUUAAUGUGGCAGAGUCCUAUAGAACUUGGGCAGACCUCAGAGAGAUGUUGUUUGACCUGUAUGAGAAUCUUGCUAAGUCUAGUGAGGCUAACAGUCCCCAAUCUGAAGAGUUCGAGACCAUGUUAAUUAUUGUGCACUACUACGCUGCCAAGUGUGCCUCCUUGUCUCAUAGUAGCCUGGAUACCAUUGCAUGUAAACUGGCAGUCUCCUUACUCAGACACACUGAGAUUAUCCCAGCAGAUAAGGCCUUCUAUGAGGCUGGUAUGCUAUGUAAGGCCACAGGUCAGGAGAAUGCUGCAUUUGUAUUCCUGAAUCGCUACCUUGAUCUGGUGGAGGCUAUUGAAGAGGGCUCUCUAGAUAUGAUGGACAACAGUGAUUUCCAGGAGACUGACAUACCUUUUGAGAUACCACUCCCAGAAAAGGCCCACCUCCCUGAUGAUCAACAUGAGGAAGUUAAGGAGUGGGUGUUGGCAGUCUCCAUGGACCAGAGGGUUGAGCAGGUCCUACCCAUGGAUGAUGAGAGGGGAUGUUAUGAGGCUUCCCUUAUAGCACCAGACACAGGAAUCAGAUCACAUCCUUGUGUGUUAACAGGCUACCCUGUUAUUCGCCAGAGGACUGAAUUUAAGAAACCUGGCAGGUUGGCCAAUAAGGAAGACUGGAACAAAUUCAUAAUGGCAACUAAGGUUUCACACAGUGUAGAAUGCCAAGAUGUCUUGAGAUUUAUCCACGAGUGGUGUGGACCUGCCACUAGUGCUGGAUUCAACUUUCAGUAAAUCAUACAACAUACUUUACAUGACACACUCCAUACGUGUAAUGACAUUGAAUAUGUUCCAUCCCAGGGCAUCAAUACUUGUAUCAUAUGUAACAUGUCCUACAUGGCUUGACAUUGAAUAUGUUCCAUUUGGGUUGGAAAUGGUGAAUUGUAUAGUGUUACGUCUCUGAUAGUACAAUCUCAUGAAGUGUCUACAUAGUUUAGCCAUUCAUUAAAGAGACUUGUAUAUAGAUAUGAUACUUUCCGUAUUUUGCUAAGCCACUGAUGAAUAUUUUAGUUGUAUGGUGUACAUCCGUCCUUUGUAGUCUUGCUUAAAAUUGCAUUUCAUUUAAGCAUCAUAACAAAUAAUCAUAAUUGUAGGACUAAUUAUAAUUUCAUUUCAAAAUAAAAGAGAAUAAAAUUUAGAAUUUCAUGUUAUGAGAAUGUAAGCAUUCUUCUGUCUUUACUAAGUAAAAAGCAUGAACCAUCAACAAGACAUAUCAGUGACAAAUAUUGUUGAUUAAUAAUAUAUCAACGAUUGAAGGACAACCCACACCCACCAGAAUUGCCCAAAAGUGUUAUAUUUAUAUGUAUUAUAAUUUAUUUUAUAUCUGUGCAAUUAACUUUAUUCUAUAGAUACAGAUAAUACAAUCAGUUGAUGACAAUAUUACAUGAAAUAUUCAUUUUGCCAUGGGCAAAAUAGAAAUGUGUCUACUUAGGACCUAAAAUGUUAAUGGCGAAUAUAAAUUAAAUAAAAACGUAAAUAGCUGAGGAUAAAUUGAAUCAGUGAUAA